UUUUUAUAAAAUUGUAAUCAUUGGAGAAUUGUAAUCACAAGAGAAUGAUAAAAAAAUGCGCACAGUGUUCCAAUAAAUGAAAUGAAAAAUACUCAGCAGUUUUAAUGAAUGAAUUUUUCAUUCGUUUUUCUUUAAACUUUAAGUUCUUUUGAUUUGUUAUAAAAAACAUGUUUUGUUGUUUUUUUUAUUGAACACGGCGGGAAUCAUUACAAAUAGAAUUUGAAGAAACACAGGGCUUACACAAACGUUUCACUCAGUUUAUUUUUAACAAAAUGUUUGGCCAAAAAGACAGUUCUGCUGAACAUUUUUCAAAUGUUCCGCCCGCAUUUCGAAGUGCAUCAAACGCCAAAUUGAUGGAAAUUCCAAAUAGCCCAACAAAUGGUAGAAUUCGUGGUAACAGCGUAUCGUUUUUAAACAGUCAACAAUUUCAAAAAAUUAAUGAACAACGAAGAGCAAGCUUUCCUCAUAAUCCUAAAAAAGCUGCAUUUGGUAGACGCCGCUCAAAAUUUAAAUCUAUGUUAAAUAAUAUUAUAUCAGCUGAUGAUUCUUGGGAUGUUAUUUUCAAAAAUUUUGUCGGUGAUGAUUUUGAUGGACACAAAACUUCUGGAACAUCGUCAGACUUUUGCGAAGAAGAUUUAGAGACGCUUAGACUGCAAGCUCUUGAAAAAUUAAAUCUCGCAAGAGUAAAACCAGUUGCAUUUGCAGUUCGAGCUAACUAUGGCUACAAUGGUUCUGAAGAUGAUGAUUCCCCAGUGCAUGGGAUGGCUGUUUCUUUUGAAGCCAAGGACUGCUUACAUAUAAAAGAGAAAUUUAACAAUGAUUGGUGGAUAGGAAGAGCUGUGAAAGAAGGACAUGACAUCGGAUUUGUACCAAGCCCCAGUAAACUUGAAAGCAUUCGUUUAUCUGGAUCAGCUGGCAAAGGAAAAAUUUAUCAAUCAGCAUCUGCCAGCAAAAUGCAAUUAGAUGAAAGCUCUCAAUCAAUUCCAAGGAUAAAUACAAUCGGAAGAGGAAGUGAAGAACGGAGUGCAUCUUUUGAUGAAGAUGGAUCAUUGCCAACUUUUACUCCAAUAGGAACUAACAUUUCAAAUAAUAAUAACAGUGCCAUAUCAAAUAACGCAUUAAAAAAUAAAAAAGGGAUUUUUAAAAAGAGUGAAAAUUUACCACCAUACGAUGUUGUACCUUCUAUACGUCCAAUUAUAUUUGUUGGUCCAUCUCUUAAAGGCUACGAGGUAAUUAUAUUUGUUGGUCCAUCUCUUAAAGGCUACGAGGUGACAGAUAUGAUGCAGAAACCUUUGUUUGACUAUUUAAAACAUCGGUUUGAAGGAAGAGUUACUGUCACACGAGUCACAUCAGAUAUAUCUCUAGCUAAACGUACUGCUCUUCAAAAUCCUAAUAAACAAUUACUAACGCAAAAGAAAGCUAAUCAAGCACCAGCAAUAGCGGAAGUUCAGCAAGAAAUUGAGCGCAUUUUCGAAUUAUGUCGUAAUAUGCAACUUGUUGUUCUUGAAUGUGAUAUGAUAAAUCAUCCUUCACAAGUUAUAAAGUCUUCUCUUGCACCCAUUGUUAUACUUAUAAAAAUUGCUUCUCCUAAGGUUUUGACACGUUUGAUAAAAUCCAGAGGAAAAUCACAAUCGAAACAUUUAAGCGUACAACUUGUUGCUGCAGAAAAAUUAGCACAAUGCAAUGAGGAUAUGAUUGAUCUAAUUUUGGAUGAAAAUCAAUUAGAGGACGCUUGUGAACAUCUUGGUGAGUUUUUGGAAGCUUACUGGCGUAAAGUUGCUCCAUCCCAUCAUAAUACUUCAACACCUAUCGGUAGUUCAUCCGCAAGUCAAAUACCUUUUGGAUAUAAUAAGAUUAACCAAUUUAAUGAAACUCCACAAAGAAGUUUGAGGACUGCUCAAGUUUGAAUUUUAUGGACACAAAAAUACUAAAAUUCUUCUUAAAGAAAUCCUUUUAUUGGAGUGAAGAAAAACUGCUCAAGUUUGAAUUUUAUGGACACAAAAAUACUAAAAUUCUUUUUAAAGAAAUCCUUUUAUUGGAGUGAAGAAUUCUGUAGUUACAGUAUACUAUUUUUAGAGAUAUUUAUUUGGAUAUAUUAACGUAAAUAAAAUGUGCAAAUAAAUUUUGAAAAUUAAUUGUAAAUAAAGCGCAAAGUUAAA